CCGGAGAAGGACUGGCGAGAAUGAUGACCAUCAUCGUUGAGGUGUUCGGGGAGUUCGGGCUAAUGGUGUCGGAGAAGAAGACGGAGACGCUCCUGAUGCGCGCAAAGGACAAGCCGACUACAACAUCACAGCCCGCCCCGCCUCCACCGCUGACCAUCGAAGCCGCAGGACAGAAAUACGCCCACACGACCGAGUUCCGGUACCUCGGUGGCCUCGUCAACGAACAUGGCGACCUCACCCGGGAGAUCAACUACAGGAGCAGAGGAGCGUGGGAGUGCCUCAGGCUAUAUGGCCGGGAGCUCUUCGACAGACCGCAAGCGCCAUUCCGACUCAAGAUCCGCCUGCUCCAGGCGGAGGCGAUGGAGGCACUGCUGUACGGUUGCAUGACAUGGUCACCACUCAGCGGCCACUAUCAGACGCUGCGGUCGAUACACCACCGACUGCUCCUUCGAGUUAUCGGGUACAAGCGCAAGAAAGACACCUACCGGCAGCUCUCUUACGCCCGGACGAUGAAGAAGAAGAGGGUCGAAUGCCACGUUGAAGCCACGAUCCGACAACGACGCCUACUGUUCGCGGGAGCAUUGG